AUGGCCAAGUACGCUGUCAUUUGCGCUAGUAACCAAAACAGAUCAAUGGAAGCACACCAUGUGUUAAAUAAGAAGGGGUUCAACGUGCAUUCCUAUGGUACAGGUACUAUGGUGCGUUUACCCGGUCCAGCUAUCGAUAAACCCAACAUCUAUCCCUUUGGUACACCUUACGAACAAGUAUAUCAAGAAUUAAAGAAGCAAGAUCAAGCACUGUACACACAAAAUGGCUUAUUAAGCAUGCUUGAUCGUAACCGCAAAACCAAGGAAGCACCACAAAGAUGGCAUGAGUCGCGAGAUUUGUUUGAUGUCAUUAUUACCUGUGAAGAACGUUGCUUUGAUUCAGUGGUGGAGGAUUUAUCAAACCGUGGACAAAAUCUAAACCAGAGCACACAUGUCAUUAAUGUCGAAAUCAAGGAUAAUCAUGAAGAUGCUUUAUUGGGUGGUAGAGCGAUAUUACAGCUAGCUCAGAUGAUUGAAGCCUCGAAUGAUAUCGAUGCAGAUAUGGAUGGCAUCAUUGAAGAAUUCACGCUUAGAAAUCCAGGAUUCCCCAUCUUACAUACAGUUGCUUAUUUCUAA